AUGAGUUCCGUGGUGCAAAUCAAAAAGCUGGGAAACACGAAACAUACUGGUCUCGGCAAAACCAAGUCAUCUUGCUCCAGUGUGUCAAUCUCAUCUUCAGACGGCCGAUCAAAUAGUAUGGAAGCAUCUGAGCGAGGGCAGCGUGAUUCUACCGCUAAACAAUUGCAAGGAAAGGUGGGAAACGGGAAAAAUUAUGACAAACAACAAACCCCUGUCGAGACGUCUCUUGACGAUUUCUUCGCUUGGGUGGACCCUCUGCCGACCAAACCACCUAGCUAUAACUCUGCAAAUCCAAACAAACGCGUGGUUUUCCCUAUCUAUGACUCCCCUAGUUCAGUGCAUCUUCCUCCGUAUACCCCUGCCGUGGAGGAAGUAACAUUAGUCUCAAUGAAGAUGGAAUGGGUCAACCCGUUCAACAUGUCGCCAUCCAGAGGGUGGAAGAACUUCAUAAUGGAGAUUAACUCUACACAGCUCAAUUUUUACCAUAUCGACCCGCAGUUAACGAAAGGCAUCAGAAACUAUUGUAACGGUAAAGCCACCUUUGCUGGUGAAUCGAUUGACCCGAUUCUUGAAUACGAUAGUCAUCAUUCAAUCUUUAAUUCCUUCAGCUCGAAAAACACAUACCAGUUUAACAAAGCCGACCAAGAAUCUCUAACCAACAGGAUAAAAAAGGACAAGGCAAGGUAUUUGGCCAACAGUAAGCUGUUUAGAACCUAUUCGUUGCAGUUUGCCAAAUUCGGGAUUCCAACAGACUACAGUAGAAAAACGUUUGUCCUAAGGUUACGAUGUGAGACGGAGCAGUUUCUGCUGAGCUUCUCACACGUUGAUGAUAUGAUUAUGUGGGCCAUGAAUUUAAGCAUGGGAAUUGGCGUUUCUCUGGAUAUUGAUUUCAGAGAGCUUCCUACCUAUAGAACUGUGCCACGCCGACGCAGGCGCCGAAGACGGAAAAGAAACGACGGCAUUACAAACGGAAGUGAUGGAUUGCGCAGGAUCACCGCCAAUAGAAGGACAAACUCUAUGCCCCCAAGUAACUCGUCUGCUUCUCAUCGCAAUGGGGUUUCAGAGUCUCAUUCUUCCCAUAAGAAGACUGGCAGCGUUUCUGCAGCAAGUACGAAGUCAAAGCGCGGACAAGAGGUUUAUUUAUCGUCUUCUCUCUCUACUGCUGGUAGCAGACGGGGCAGUAAUGACUCAAUCAAGUCGAAACUCAAAAGCUUUUUCAACGCCGACAAGAAGGUUGCAUCUCCCACUUAUAAAACUUCCUACGUCCGGACUAUGAGCAGUACUGGAUUGAACUCUGUGGUCGAGGACGAGGAAGAAGACCCUAUUCCAAUGGUAACAAGCUCUGCAGCAAACACACCAAAUAAGGUAGCAAGUUUCGUGCGGCCUCGCUUAGAUCAACGUUCUCAGUCAAUGGAACUCAUGAAUGGCAACGCGGAAACAGAAGACUAUUUUGGAUUCUUAAACAAUUCUGCGUACAAAACGAACGAGGGACCAGCUGCAACACCUGGCUCCCCAGGAAGUGUGGGGUCAAUAGGAGGUGCCACAAUUGCCUCUGGAGAGCUUCAAGUUCAAUCUGGGUUCGGAAGCAAUAUAGGUCUGCAAAAUGAUCUUGCAGAGCUUUAUCAAAUCAUGCGUGAGCACAACGAGGACGACGAAGCGAUCGAAGAGGAAGAGGAUGAAGAGGACGGCGAUGCUUUGCCUACAUUCGCUCCUAGCGAUCACGACGACGAGAUUGAGGAGGAAGACGAUGACGAUGUCGAUAGUGUACACCGUAACCCUGCGACUACUACAUCUUCAAUAUACCAGGAAGAGGGGAUCUUUCAUGACAGCGAAGACGAUUAUUUGUAUGUUGUGGACCGCGGCGACGCGUUCCGCAGACGUGCGUCUUCCGUGACAAGCAACCUUAGCAGCACGCCCUAUGGAAGUGAGGGUGUCAAAUGGCACCCACCUAGGAAAGAAAUGUCAAGAAGGAGGUAUAUUCGAGACUCUUUGCGGUGUAUCAAACCGCUCCCAAGCGACGAAGAAUGGAUAGGAAAAGUCAUGAUUCGGGCAAUCCCUUCGCCUGCUUACGAAACGAACAACCCACCCGUGUCAGGUUUCAUUUUUGAUCAAGGCAAGACUGGGAAACGCAAGGCUCCAAAGAUAAAAUCUCUGAGAAUUGAAAACGGCAUUAUAUUGAACAAGUGCAAAAACCACUUUGUCAAACCUUACGUGGUUGGUCCUACAGGGCUUUUGAAGACCAAUGCAAGGUGCUAA